AACUGUUUUUGUUGGGAAGGAGACGUUGGCGCACGCCCGCGGUCUCUUCUGUUGUUGUGGUAACGACCGUUGGAACUCUCUUUCCGGCUCUAUGAACUCUCGGCUCUGAGAGGCUCCAGGUUUCUCCGCCAGAGCUCCUGUCGCUCUGUCACCUGCGCUGUGUUCCUCUCUAAUCGCAGGAGCCCUGGGGAAUAAAGUUGGGAGCUCAGACAUGGACUCAGUGGCCUUUGAGGAUGUGGCUGUGAACUUCACUCCAGAAGAGUGGGCUUUGCUGGAUCCUUCCCAAAAGAAUCUCUACCAAGAAGUGAUGCAAGAAACCUUAAGAAACCUGGCCUCUAUAGGGAAGAAAUGGAAAGACCAGAACAUUGAAAAUGAGUACAAAAAUCCCAGGAGCAACCAAAGAGGUCUUAUGGAAGAGAGACUAUUUGAAAGUGAAGGUCAUCAGCGUGGAGAAAUUUUGACCCAGGUUCUGGAUGACAUGCUGAAGAAGAAAACUGGAGUGGAAUCAUGUGAAAGGAAUGUGUGUGAGGUCGGCAUGGGUCAUUUAUCCCUUAAUAAGCACACCAGAGCUGACACUGGACACAAGCCAUAUGAGUAUCAGGAAUAUGGACAGAAGCUAUAUAAAUGUACAUACUGUAAGAAAGCCUUCAGCUACCUUCCCUACUUUCGCAGACAUGUAAUUGCACACACUGGAAAAAAACUCUGUGAAUGUAAGGAUUCUGGGAAGGCAUUUAGUUUUUCCAUUUCUUUUCAUAGACAUAAAAGAGCUCACUCUAGAGGGAAUCCCUAUGAAUGUAAACAAUCUGGAAAACCCUUUGGAUGCACCUCAGAACUUCAAAUGCAUGCAAGGACUCACAGUGUAGAGAAACCUUACAAAUGUAAGAAAUGUGAAAAAGCAUUUAAUAACGUAUCUUCCUUUCAAACACAUGAAAGAAUGCACAGAGGAGGGAAGCAUCAUGCAUGUAAGGGUUCUCGGAAGACAUACCAUUUUUUUGGUUUCUAUCACAGACAUAGAAUGCUUCACACUGGUGGGAAAUUUUAUGGAUGUAAGAAAUGUGGGAAAGCCUUUAUUAGUUUCUGUGCCUUUCAAUACCAUCAAAGGACUCACACUAAAGAGAAAUCCUAUGCGCGUAAACAAUGUGGGAAAGCCUAUAUUUCUUCCACUUCUUUUCGAUAUCAUCAAUUGAGUCACACUGGAGUGAAACAUUACGAGUGUAAGCAGUGUGGCAAAGGCUUCAGUUUGCCCAAUUCCAUUCGAUGUCAUGAAAUGACUCACACUGGAGAGAAACCCUAUAAAUGUAAGCAAUGUGGGAAAGCUUUCAGAUGUGCCUCAAGCCUCAGAAUACAUGGAAGGACUCACACUGGGGAGAAACCCUAUGAAUGUAAACAGUGUGGUAAAGUCUAUCGUUAUUGGAGUGGCCUUCGAGUACAUGAACUAACUCACAUUGGAAAAAAGCCUUACGAAUGUAAGGAAUGUGGUAAAUCAUUCUAUAGUUCCGGUUUCCUUCUAAAUCAUAAAAGGAUCCACACUAGGGAGAAACCUUAUGAACGCAAGGAAUGUGGGAAAGCAUUUGGUAAUCCCAUAUCCUUUCAAAAACAUGAAAGGAGUCACAGAAAAGAGAAGCCUUAUGAAUGUAAGGAAUGUGGGAAGGUAUUCAGUUUUUCCACUUCCCUUCAGAGACAUGAAAGGACACACACUGAAAAACCCUAUGAAUGUAAACAGCGUGGGAAAGGAUCUUUUCAUAGACGCUGUCCUAGGCACAUGAAGAUACAUACUGGAGAGAUACUUCAUAAACGUAAGAUUUGUGGAAAAGUCUUUCAUUUUCCCAGUUCAUUUCAAACAUGUGAAAGAUCUCACACUAGAGAAAAAUGCUAUAAAUGCAAGCAAUGUGGAAAACCCUUCAUUUAUUUCAAUGCCUUUCAACGUCAUCAAAGGAGCCACACUGGAGAGAACCCCUAUGAGUGUAAGCAAUGUGGGAAAGCCUAUAUUUCUUCCACUGCUUUUCAGUGUCAUGAAUUGAGUCACACUGGAGCAAAACGCUAUAAGUGUAAGCAAUGUGGCAAAGGCUUCAAUUUGCCCAGUUCCAUUCGAUAUCAUGAAAUGACUCACACUGGAGAGAAACCCUAUGAAUGUAAGCAGUGUGGGAGAGCUUUCAGAUCUGCCUCGCACCUUCGAACACAUGGAAGGACUCACACUGGGGAGAAACCCUAUGAAUGUAAACAGUGUGGUAAAGUCUGUCGUUACUGGAGUGGCCUUCGAAUACAUGAACUAACUCAUAUUGGAAAAAAGCCUUAUGAAUUUAAGAACCGUGGGAAAUCAUUCUAUAGUUCCAAUUUCUUUCAAAAUCAUAAAAGGGUCCACACUAGAGUGAAGACAUAUGAAUGCAGGGAAUGUGGGAAGGCAUUUGAUAAUCCUACAUCCUUUCAAAAGCAUGAAGGGAGUCACAGAAAAGAGAAGCCUUAUGAAUGUAAGGAAUGUGGGAAGGUAUUUGGUUUUUCCAGUUCCCUUCAGAAACAUAAAAGGACACACAUAGGUAAAAAAUGCUACAAACAUAAACAACAUGGCAAAGGAUUUUCUCAUCUUAGAAGCUUUUCUAGACACAUGAAUACUGGAGAGAGAUCCCAUAAAUCUAAGAUAUGUGGAAAAGUCUUUCAUUCUCCCAGUUCAUUUCAAGCAUGUGAAAAAUCUCACGCUAGAGAGAAACGGUAUAAAUGCAAGCAAUGUGGGAAAGCCUUCAUUUAUUUCAGUGCCUUUCAACGUCAUCAAGGGAGUCACACCGGAAGGAAGCACCAUGAAUGUAAGCAAUGUGGGAAAGCCUAUAUUUCUCCCAUUUCUUUUCGAUAUCAUCAGUUGAGUCACACUGGAGCGAAACGCUAUGAGUGUAAGCAAUGUGGCAAAGGCUUUAAUUUACCCAGUUCCAUUCGAUAUCAUGAAAUGACUCACACUGGAGAGAAACCCUAUGAGUGUAAGCAAUGUGGGAAAUCUUUCAGAUGUGCCUCAAGCCUCUGAAUACAUGGAAGGACUCACACUGGGGAGAAACCCUAUGAAUGUAAACAGUGUGGUAAAGUCUGUCGUUAUUGGAGUAGCCUUCGAAUACAUGAACUAACUCAUACUGGAAAAAAGCCUUAUGAAUGUAAGGAAUGUGGGAAAUCAUUCUAUAGUUCUGGUUCCUUUCUACAUCAUAAAAAGAAACUAUACUAGGGAGAAGCCUUAUGAAUGUAAGGAAUGUGGGAAGGUAUUCAGUUUUUCUUGUUCCCUUUGUAGACGUGAAAGGACACACACUGGCAAAAAGCCCUAUGAAUAAACAACAAGCAAUGUGGCAAAGCUUUCAUUUGUUCCAGUUCCUGUCAGUGACAUGAAGAGAUACAUUCUGUUAAUAUGCAUUCAGUUAUCCCAAUUCCUUUGAAACACAGAAAAAGAGUAGGGAAAGGACCUAUGAGAUAAUUGAUUUCUGAGUUGAGAAGAGCUACCGGUGAAUGGACAAUUAAAUCUGGAUGUAUUUAGAUAUUUAGAUGGUUCUGAUACAAUUCAUCUAUAGCCAAUCUUUUUUUAAUUUUUUUAUUUUUUAGAUGGAGUCUUGCUCUGUUGCCCAGGCUGGAGUGCAGUGGCAUGAUUUCAGCUCACUGCAACCUCUGCCUCCCGGGUUCAAGCAAUUCUCCUGCCUCAGCCUCCCAAGUAGCUGGGAUUACAGGCAACCACCAUCAUGCCCUGCUAAUUUUAGAGAUGGGGUUUCACCAUGUUGGCCAGGCUGGUCUCAAACUCCUGAUCUCAAGUGAUCCACCCACCUCGGCCUCCCAAAGUGCUGGGAUUACAGGUGUGAGCCACUGCACCCUGCCACUUAUAGCCCAUCUUAAUGAGAUUUCAUAGGCACAGACAAGGAAGGUGUCAGUCACAUAUUAGAGGCAUCACACAGGGAGAGCAGUGUGUGGCCACCUGCUUCAGCCCAUUUUUUCUGAUUCUUCUUGCUUGCAAAUUAAGAGUAUUCUCCAAAUCCUUGACUUUCCUUUUCUCAGAGUUGUAAUUCUCCAGAGAUGUUGCCAGAUGAUUCACAUUAAAGGUACAUUUCCAGUUGGCUUUUUUAUUUCAGAUAUUAGUAAAUGAUUACCAGAGAACUAAUUCAAACUGUCAUGGUUGGAAAUACUCUGAUGGUCAACUCCCUAAUCUAUAGAGUGAGUUAAGGUCUAUACUCUUUUGCAAGCAUUGUUCUAGUGGCAGUGACCCUGUUCAUGAUUCAGCCUGACAUUUACUAUGCUUCCCUGAAAACCAACUAGAUGGGAGCUUGUUUCUCUCCUGCAUUGUGUAGUGACUGGUGUCACCCAGGACUUUCAUGUGAGAAAAAGCACCUUGCUCUUAAUCUGGGAAUUUUGAGUGUUUUUUGUAAUGCCUCAGUUUAUUCUUAUUUAUGGUUGAUUAUAUGUGAUU